GAUGAGGCGGAAGCCGGAAGCGCAGUCACAGGAGCGAUGGCAGCCGGUGGCGGUCUGAGUCGCUCGGAGCGCAAAGCUGCUGAGCGGGUCCGGAGGCUGCGGGAGGAGCAGCAGCGGGAGCGCCUCCGCCAGGUGUCACGCAUCCUGAGGAAGGCGGCUGCAGAGCGCAGCGCCGAGGAGGGCCGGCUCUUGGCCGAGAGCGAGGAUCUGGUGACCGAGCUGCAGGGUCGAAGCCGGCGGCGUGAGGGCCUCAAGCGCCGCCAGGAGGAGGUGUGUGAUGACCCGGAGGAGCUGCGGAGGAAGGUCCGCGAACUGGCCGGAGCUGUCCGAAGUGCCAGGCACUUGGUUGUCUACACGGGCGCUGGAAUCAGCACAGCAGCUUCUAUCCCAGAUUAUCGGGGUCCUAAUGGAGUGUGGACACUGCUUCAGAAAGGAAGGCCUGUGAGUGCUGCCGACCUAAGCGAAGCGGAGCCUACCCUCACCCACAUGAGCAUCACCCGUUUGCAUGAGCAAAAGCUGGUGCAACACGUGGUGUCUCAGAACUGUGAUGGGCUCCACCUGCGGAGUGGGUUGCCACGGACUGCCAUCUCAGAGCUCCAUGGAAAUAUGUAUAUUGAAGUCUGCACCUCCUGCAUCCCUAACAGAGAGUAUGUACGAGUGUUUGAUGUGACCGAGCGUACUGCCCUUCAUCGACACCUGACAGGCCGGACCUGCCACAAGUGUGGGUCCCAGCUUCGGGAUACCAUUGUGCACUUUGGGGAGAGGGGGACGUUAGGGCAGCCUCUGAACUGGGAGGCAGCGACCGAGGCUGCUAGCAAAGCAGACACAAUCCUGUGUUUAGGGUCCAGCUUGAAGGUACUGAAGAAGUACCCCCGCCUCUGGUGCAUGACGAAGCCUCCAAGCCGGCGGCCCAAACUCUACAUUGUGAACUUGCAGUGGACCCCAAAGGAUGACUGGGCUGCCCUGAAACUUCAUGGGAAGUGUGAUGAUGUAAUGCAACUCCUCAUGGACGAACUGGGCCUGGAGAUCCCUGUCUACAACCGGUGGCAGGAUCCAAUCUUCUCCUUGGCGACCCCCCUCCGUGCCGGUGAAGAAGGCAGCCACAGUAGGAAGUCACUGUGCAGAAGCAGAGAAGAGGCCCCACCUGGGGACCAGAGUGCCCCCCUUGCCUCAGCUCCCCCCAUCCUAGGAGGCUGGUUUGGCAGGGGUUGUGCCAAACGGGCAAAAAGGAAGAAAGUGGCAUAGCCCGGAGUUAACAAAGAACAGUUGGCACUUUGCAGAUGGCGUGACCCUUGUUCAGGGGCCCCUCCCGUGUCACCGUGAAGGCAAGACUGCCCCCACCGGAUCUAGUGGGCGACGCUUCGCGGUGACGGUCGUCUUUAGCCAUUUGUCCUUGUGGAAAGCCUCUCUUGCACUGCUGUGACUGCCCCGCUGUGGGCUUGAUCUUCAAGGACACCUCCCUCCUGUUCACCCCUGUACAAAGGUGGCAGCAAGGCCUUUGUGAGAAGAGCUCCGGCCCUUCCCAGGCCUGGCCAGCAGAAGAGUCCACCACUGCCUUACCUCACUCUCCAGGCUAGUCUCAGGGCCUCCCUCUUUCUACUACUUAUCACUUUAUAGAAGCCUUUUUCUGUAUUGGGUAUGCGGCACAGAGAGGAUCUAAGCCUCCAGUCUAAGCAAGUCUUAUUAAACAUCUCUCUAUUACU